AUGGAUGCUCCUCCAGAAGUAGCAAAAGCAGAUCCUGAUGCAGCAGAACCCAUUUCUGAUGCUGCAAAUGAAGAAUCUACUGCUGCAACUGAUACUGGAGAACCAGAAUCACCUCUUCGCACCUGGUCUUCUUCAUCUGAAUCUUCGAAGGAAUCUCCUCCUCCGUUGGCAGUUCCCCCUCCUGCUGCAUCAAUUCCUGGCUCCACUCCAACAGGCCCUUCUACACGAACACGAGCCCAGCAAGCCUCUACUGAGAAGGAACUUCGAGCCUCUCAAUCUCGUGAUAAGACAGUCCCUCCAGCCAAGAAGAAACUCAAGACUAAUCCACCUUCGGCCUCUUCAAGUUCAGAAGAAGAGGAUCCAAUGGAAGUCUCUUCAAACAAAUCAGCGUCUCUUCAUUCUGAGAAGGACAGUGAGGACACAAAACUCGAGCCAAAGCCUCCUCGAUCAAAAUAUGCUUCUGCAGCAAAGGCCUCUACUGCUGCCAAAGGCAAGCAGCCUAUGGAAGAACCUUCUUCUGGUAAUGUCCCUUCAUCUCUGUCUGGUUGCCCUCAAUUUUAUUAUCGUGAUAAUGAACGUGACUGGAAUUUAUAUGAUUUCUAUGCUAAUCUCACUGAUGAUUUCCUUGAUGAGAAUUCUAGACUAUAUCGAAGAGUUUAUGUUAGGGGUCAUUGGUUCUCUUUUUCUGAAAAGGAUAUUGCUCAAGCUUUGCAAUUGCCCAAGAAUGUCUCCAAUGCAGUGAUGUCCAUGGAUCCAGAACUCCUGGAAGUCAAGUCAGAAGUUCAGAAUGUGAACAAUCGACUUGCAGCAAUGGAAGAAGUUCAGUAUGAGAUGUCCAAGCAAUUGACUUCUUUGGUUAAAUUCUACCGAGACUAA